GCGGCGGCUACAUGCGUGUCACACCUGUGUCACAUGUGUGUCCUGGCUCUCUGCACAUGUCACAUGCUCAAGCCUUGCACACACGUGUCCCGGGGUGUUCAAGCCCAGGCACAUGUGUGUUCCUUGUGUGUCCUGGCCCUGCACAUGUCCCAGCCCUCCACACACGUGUUGCUUUUGUGUCCUGGCCCUGCACAUGUCACUGCUCACCACAUGUGUGUUCCUUGUGUGUCCUGGCCCUGCACACGUGUCCCAGCCCUCCACACGUGUUCCUUGUGUGUCCUGGCCCUGCACACGUGUCCCAGCCCUCUGCACAUAUAUCUGCCCUGCACAUCCUCACCCCGCGCACGUCCCACACGUACCCUGGCCCUCCACACAUGUAUGUUCCCACACAUCCUGCUCUCCACACAUGUUCUGACCCCAUGCGCACACGUGUCCCAUGCAUGUCCCAGCCCUACACACACCCAUAUCCCAUGUGCAUCCUGGUUGCAUGCACGUGUGUCUCAGACCUCUACACGUGUCCCCGCCCUCUGCAUGCAUGUCCCAUGCAUGUCCCAGCCCUCUACACGUGUCCCUGCCCUCUGCACACGCAUGUCCUAAGUGUGUCCAGCCCUCUGCACAUGCAUGUCCCCACAUCCCAGCCCUCUGCACACACAUCCCACACGUCUCAGUUGUGCACACGCAUGUCCCAUGCAUGUCCAGCCCCUCCACACACGCGUGUGGCCUGCGGCACCGCCCAGCCCACAGCAGUGUUCCCCCCUCUGCGGCCGCCAGCGGCCGUUGCAAUGCGGCGAAAAACCUGCAGCCGCAGGAAGACGACGGAUCCAAAAACCUCAGAAACGGCCCUGGAAACACCUCGGGGUCCCCCCGCCACCCCCAAAAUCGCUCAAUUUUACCCCAUUUCCCCUCCCGUCACCCUCUGA